AUGCUUCGCUUCCGGGCCAAGUUGGGAACGCAAGACGCCAUGCUCCUGAUCCAACGAGAAGUCCUUGACCCACCGGGCGGGACUCCAAAGAAUGACAACCGAGCGAUCUUGGGCCUGGACCUGCAGAGCGCCUUCGACAACGUUAGACACUCGUCGGUCCUGGCUCGGGUGUCCCGCCUGGGGCUGGGCGCAAGAUCAUACAACUACAUCAGAGCCUUCCUUUCUCGCCGCACGGCCAGGCUGGAGGUGGGAGGAACGAAGCUCGAAGAACGAGAGCUGGGCAGUGUCGGGACCCCACAGGGCUCGGUCAUCUCCCCGUUCCUGUUUAACAUUGUCAUGAUCGAGGUGGCCAGGCGUCUGGAGGCGCUGGGCCCGGGGAUACGACACUGCCUCUACGCCGACGACGUAACCAUCUGGGCCACGGGUGGAAGCGACGGAGACAUCGAGGCGGGUCUGCAGGCGGCGGUGGAUGCCGUGGAGUCCGCACUCUUGGGCACGGGCUUGCGGUGUUCGCCACAAAGACCUACAGCUACUCAUCCUGCCACCACCUGGGAGGUCAAGCGAAUGUCGUCCCGCUACCGGGGCAUGAAAGAGAGGGGGCUCCUGCAUCUGCUGCAGGCUUUCGUUAUAAGCCACGCGGCAUAUGCGGGGGCCUUUCACCGCUGGACCGGCGCGGAACGAGCCAAGAUCGACGCUGCCAUCCGGAAGGCUUACGCGGGGGCUCUUGGGCUCCUACCAGGCACAACGACAACGGCCUUGCUGUCUCUGGGAACACACAACACGCUCUCGGAGAUCAGCGAGGCCCAGAGAGCUUCGCAGCUGAGCCGCCUGAGCGACACAGCCGCGGGCAGAGGAUUACUCGAUCGGGUAGGAUUAUUACCUCCUGGAGAACGCCCGGGAGCAGGACCGGACGGGCAGCUAGAAAAACAAGUCCCCCUGAGCGAUGAGGCAGCGAGGAAAAUCAUUGUCUACCCGCUGCCAAAGAACAUGGACCCAGAAAGGGACGCGGGCAGGCGAGCGGCGAGAGCAGUGGCGCUGGCCCGUCAACAUCAGAGAGAUGAGGGCGCAGUCUACGUGGACGCCGCAAGAUAUCCGGGAAGACGCAACGCCUUCGCAGCAGUGGUGGUCAGCGCCACUACCGGUAAACUACUAACAGCAAGCACCGUGCGCGCCCGUACAGCCGGCCAGGCAGAGGAGGCGGCGAUAGCCCUGGCCACAGGUAGGCCGGGCACGCACACGGUGCUAAGCGACUCAAAGCAGGCAAUCAGGAAUUUUGUCCGAGGCAUGGCCAGGAGAGCCUUUCCGCCCCCGCAUCGUGAACUGUCACGUGCGGAAGCAGUGAAGCUCCGACAACUGCAAACGGAAUGCGUGCUAACGCCAGCAUUGGCCCGGCACGUAUGCCCCGAC